AGCAAUACAAGAGCCUUACAUGUGACUUAAAUAAAAUUGUUGUAUGUUUAUAAAAAAAACUGAAGCAGUGUUUGAACAUUUCCUGAAAUCAAAUGGAAGCUCUUAGCACGGAUAACUUUAUGGAACCGGUCGAUGCUGAUCCGGACCCGAGUGCUAUGCAAGUAUUUACAUGUACUGUAUGUAAUGCGUCCAAUAUCAUGGCACUACACCGUGACAACCAUCAUCUGAAGCGUCAUGUAAAUAUCUCAAAAGAUGAAAAUAUAUUUAAACACACACAAGUUACAAGUUCAGCGCAUAGCAAAAGAAUGCGAUCAAUAUCUGGCUCAUCCAAUCAAAGUCUGGAGAGUAUUGAACAAGCCAAAGAUAAGCAACACCCGGACACACAAUCGGAAAGCAUGAAGAUGGUGUCGACAAAAGUCGCAUCGAAUCAAAAUUACGAGUUGAUUCACUUGACAAUGCUCCGAUGUCGUAUUUGCCGUGCCCCUCAUAUCAAAGAGAAUUACAAUCAGCCAUUGGAUCAAAGCAUUUGUGAUGCAUGUAAAGAAUCAAAGAAUCUUUCACAGAAGCAAGCGUACAAACGUUAUCGUUUUAAACACACCAAUCAAGCCGACGUGCAACCAAAUGGCGGCCAACAAUUUCAAUUGAACACAAAAAUGUAUGGAUGUAAAAUUUGCGGAUGUUAUGCAAUUUGCGAAGACGAUUUGGAAGAACAUCAUUCAAUGAAUCACAACGAUAUUCCAAUGGGCGAAGAUAUCUUUCAAUUUAUUGGUGCUAGAGCAUAUAAUAAAUGCUCGAUUUGUGAUAAAGUUGUGAAUAGCGAAGAUUUUAAAAAUCAUUUAAUGAGAACCCAUUCACGGAAAUGGAAAUUACAUUCAUGUGGCGUUGGUGGCAAUCAAAAGGAAGUUUCGGGAGGCAUCAUUGAUGAGGGACAGAAAUUGACUGAAUCCGUACAGAACAAGAAUACCACCACGAAUGCUGUUGAAACGGCGACGAAUGAGCAAAAGUCGAUCGAUUCCACCCCAAAUCUCAGACCCGUUUUGGUUGAUGUUAGUAGUGAACAAAAUUCGGCCAAACAAAAGCCUUUGAUAUCGGAGACUGAUGCCAAGCCAUAUCGCAAGUCCCACCUGGUUGAUGUCAGUGUGAAGGAAGGCAAUGAAGAGGAUAUCAAUACGGUCACACAGCAAACAAGUUCAGUUGUUAGCAAUACACAACCAACGUACAAAUGCACUAUUUGUAAUGCUGAUGGUAUCUCAAAAAUACAUUUACGGUCACAUCAAUGGAAAAAUCACCGUGCUAUUAAACCAAUCGAGGAAAUGUUCAAGCCCAGCACCAGAGGCCCGAAUAAAAAUCAAUCAAAGGUCACACUCGUUCCGCUCCCCGUACUUGCUAAACCAAAGACGAUCACACAAAAG